AUGUCAGAAGAAAAGGCUGAAAGGUAUUAUUAGACUUUCAUAUUUAUAUAUAUAUUAUAUAUAUAAACAAUAAGAUUAUAAUAUAAACAAUAAGUUUUCUAUGCUUGAUUCAAUUUAAAAAUAUUUGCUCCAAACCAAUAUGACAAAAGGAGUAUUUUAGAGGUUAUAAACUGUUAUAUUUUAUGUCAGUGUUUUUUAAGUUACAUACAAAUGUAUUUUUUUAUAGUCCAAUCGAUAAAGUAGAUGGAACACAAAUUGAAUCUAUUGACGAUAAGAUAAAAACAAAGCAUGAUGAUAAAAACAAACAAAAACAUAAACCAGAAGAAAAUACUGAGAAACCUAAUGGCCGAACAAAUAAUAAUGAAACUGGAAAUUGUUAUUGGUAGUUCAUUUAAAUUUUAUACUAGAAUAGGUUAUAUAAAAAAUCAAGCAUAUAUCAAUGAUUUACUCUUUCAGUGGAAAAGAAAGAAAUCUUAAUAUUAUAGAACUAUUAUGUGCUAGCUGUUCAAGAUGGUAUCAUGAAUCCUGCAUUGGUUAUCAACUGGGUAAAUUAGUACCUUUUAUGAUGAAUUAUAUAUUUAUGUGCAAGAAUUGUUCUCCAACUGGUUUAGAAAGUUUCAAAAAGAAUCAAGCACGUAAGAAUAGAUUUGAACAGUAA